AUGUCCAAAGCGAAGGCUGCACCCCCUCCUGGGUGCACUCUGAACAUCAACGAUCCUCAGAUCCAGGAGGCUGCUAUCCGAAUCCAAGCCUCAUACCGCGGCCACAGGUCGCGUAAAGAGCUUCGAGAAAAGGGCCCUCCCAAGAUCCUGCAGGAGCUUAAAGACGUGGUUCUUGUUGAGGGCAGCGCUGCAAAGCUAGAAUGCAGGGUCAGCGCUUUUCCAGAUCCUUUCAUUGUCUGGUUCAAGGACGGCAAAGAGCUGAAGGAUGGUCCCAAGUACCGCUAUGUUUUUGAAGACCCGGAUUUUGUGGCACUUGUGGUUCGAGAUGGGGUUCUGGCUGAUCUGGGAAAGUACACUGUUUCCAUUAAAAAUCCAUUCGGACAGACAUAUGGAUCUGCGUGUAUUCUCGUUGAAGUUCCUGCUAAGGUUUCCAAAGGUCCAGACAACAUGAAGACCAAGAGAGGGACAACAGUUGUCCUCAAGGCUGAAAUAAGCGGGGAGCCUCCUCCAGAUGUUGCCUGGCUCAAAGAUGGAGAUGACAUUGAAGAAGAUGACAGGGUAUUCUUUGAUGUCGGAGACACCAACACUAUCUUGACCAUCAAAAAUGCAAAGUUGUCUGAUGCUGGCAAGUAUGAGGUGUUUGUGGAAAACAAUCUGGGCACAGACCAGUCCUUCGCUCGUGUCGACAUCCUCUGAUGCAACCUCUCUACUUCACAAAUACCAA